GGUGUAUGAACUGAUUGUUCACAACUUGAUUUUGCCAGUGACUAUUGUUUUACAUUUUCACUUUCAGCAGUUUUUCUGCCCUUUGUCAGGUUAUGAAACUCCUUAGAUAUAAGAAAAAUUGUUUAUAGUUUAUGGUUAGUAACCUUUCUGAAACGUCAAACAGUAUGAGUAUGAUAACUAGACAUUAGCUCUAAUAUUAGGACUAACCCUAACACUAAAUAAUUGAGCUUCAAACUGAAAAGGCAAUACAUGAAUCAAAACAGAAAAAACAGACCAGCAUAUUAGAACACAAAAGGAGUACUUAAUGGCUGAUAUUUUGAGAAUAAGAACAUGACCUUUUGGCAUAUACUUUAUAUUUGCCAAAGUUAUUGAAACAUAUUAUGAUAGCUGUACUGUCAAAAACAUUAACCAUCAGCCAUAUAUACACGUAGCCUAAUGACUAUUUAGUAGGCCAUAAUCUUAUCUUCUGAAUUCAAGGCCCAUUCCUGGUAUAACAAACUUGAGUACCUUUUCAUGCAUCUCAAUGUACCCAUAGGAUAUCUUAUAUUUAAGAUAUUAAUUGAAAGGUGGUUUCCCUCUUUUCAUAUUCUCUGCAUGCUUUUUCUCAGGUGGACAGCUGUCGAAAGAAAAGUAAAAAAUAGGUUGGAGCAGAUCCAGCCUACACAGGAUCCUCCUAGUAAUACCGGGUUCAGGAUGACACCACUCUGUUCAUACUCUUCUCUUUAGUUCCUGUUACAGGAGGUUCUUUCCCUGCUCCUGUGGUUGAGCGAUUGUUGCAAGUCCUCUUGGUAAUUCCAAGUGCAGGAUGUCUCUUCCCUGCAUUUACAGUUGAGUGAUUUGUGGUUUCUGCUCAUAAUAACUGGUUAUAGAUAUUGUCCUGUUCAUCCAGUUGAGUUGAAGCAAUGCCAUGACCCUGUAAUGCCAGGUUCAUUUGGUUGUACUUCUUGCUCAUAUGGUUCUUUUGGGAGUUUGCCCAGUUUCAGCUAAAAGCUAACUUCAUUAUUCCAGUUACUUGAUGCAUUACACCCUGUUUAAUUAUGGUUUGGGUUGCUUAGUCUAUAUAACACGGUCCACAUGCUCUAGCCACUAUGUUUAUACUACAAUGUGUUAAAAUAUAUCUUUUUUUGAUCCCCAACGUCCUAGUGCUGAGGACGAGUUAUGAAUCUUGUUUGUCCAGGGGAGACUAAAUGUACAUAGAUAAUUCUGUCUGUAUUUUACUAUAGAUUGAAUCUUUCAGAACGAAUUGGAAUACCGUGGUCGACGUAUGGAACCUUGUCUGUCUGGUUAAGGUUGUGAAUGUAAAUAAUUAAUUCUGUUUAUAUUUUACUAUGGUUUGCACCUCUCAGAAUGAAUUGCAUUUGCGUACAUCCUCUUUUUCUGCCUGUAUCAGAUUCAUUUCGUAUUUCAAGGGUGAAGAGCAUACCUGUUCCAUAAGUAGUGUGGUACCCCAAAAACUGUGGUCGCUUUCCACUUGGUUUCUAUCUUAUGCACCUAAACUGGGCCCUCCACCUUUUCAGUGUGGGAUUCUAGCUUUAUGUGAGAGGAGGUAGGAUCGUAUUGGAAGUUAACAUUUGUUUUACACUAAAAAUAUAUUUCAGAUAGGUAUUUAUAUCGCACACUUCCCGCCCUUUCUCCUCACUGCUGAUAUUCUUUUUUUAGAACCUGCCAAAUCUCGAAAGUGAGGAUUGAUCAGGAAUAGCAGAGGGAGCUAGCUGCACCAGUAUAGGUGUCACAAUGCUAUUGGUGGAAAAUAGUCACAUAUGUACAUGUUUUGAAAUGGUGUGAAAUUGAUGUGGUAUAUGAACUGGAGCAGUGAUCAUGAAAAUUUUUUAGCAAUAGUUAGAGAGCAGAUGAAGAUCGAGAUAGCUUUGUGAGAGGAGAUAAGUACCGAUCAGAAAUACAUUUUCAGUGUUAGAAAAAUGUUAACAUCAAUUUUCUUGGAGUUUAAUUUUCACAGAUAAAGUCACAAAAGUAUUAGUUUUGUAAAAAAAAAAAGGAAAAAAGAGCACAUGGUAUUAUAGCUCACUUUGACAGUUUUUGAGUUUUUUGUAAUUUUUCUAAUACAGUUAAUAGAAAGAAGACUGUGGAUGAAGAAGUUCCCAUAUUUAAUUUGCUAUUUUCUUUUUAGAAAAUUCAAUAUCAGUUAUUAAGGUUCUCUGCAUUAUGUGCAACUUACUUAUAUUUCCUGGUUUGAAAAAUCAGCUGUGAAACUGGCAAGGCUUUGUGUAUUCUGUUCAAGAUUAAACAAUUUUUGGAAUACUAGGUUUAUUUAUUAUACCUGCUGUUGUGCAGCUAUAUAAUAUAAAUGACUGAAUAGUUUCCAAUGACACUUUAUCUUCACUUUACCUAUCCAUUGUAUAGUUUUUUCAUAGUGACUAUAAAGCAUGUUCACACUAACAAUAUGUUUGAUACUUUUCAUUGUGAUAUAGGUCCAGCUUAUCUCUCUUUAGUUAACUUGCAUUCAGGAUUUCUGAUGAGGAGUAGAAUUCUCUAAUACUAGUAUAGCCCAAUAAUGCUUGUUGAUCAAAGUGUAGAUUGAACUGGACCUCCCUUGAACUUAGACUUGGAUUAAACAAUUUUUGGGAAUACUAAGUUUAUAUGUUAUACCUGCUAUUGUGUGACUAUGUAAUGUGAAGAACUGAAUAGUGGCCAAUGACACUUUUUUUCACUUCACCUAUCCAGUGUAUAGGUUUUUCUCAUAGUGAUUAUAAAGCACAUUCACACCAACAAUAUGUUUUAUACAGGACUGUUUCCAUUUAAGUAUAAUUCCUACAGUAUGGAUGUAAAGGAAGAGGAAACCAACCCUUUGUUAUUGAACCAUAACCAUAGUUAUGACUCAAUGGAAAAAAGUUCAGAAAGUGAGGUUUUAGGGUCUGGUUCAGUUGAAAAAGCAUGUUGGAUACCUCAGCCACAGCCUGUUCAUAGAAGACCAUUUCAUUACCCGUCUAUGAGCAACCUUGGCAAUAUUAAUGAAGACCAGAGCAUUGAAGUGUCAGCAACUGUCUCUCGGCAUCGUUAUUAUAGUAAGCUAACUGAUCCUUCACUUGACACAUUAAAAAUUCCUGACCAUGUGGUACCAUCAUAUUUCUUCUAUCCUUUUCCAUUUCGAAAACUUGUUGGGAAACAAAGUAGUAUUAUAACCAUAUUCUCAAUAUGGAACACUAUGAUGGGGACUUCUUUAUUGAGUAUGCCAUGGGCAGUCCAACAAGCUGGAUUUGCAUUUGCCCUUGUGAUAAUACUGGUAAUGUGUGGUAUAUGUUUAUAUACUGCUUUAAGAAUAAUCAGGAUGCCAGAAUUGGUUGGUAAUGCCACAGAUGAACUGCUUGAAUUUUCUGAUGUUGCUCGACACUUUUUGGGGCGUUGGGCUGAAUGGUUUAGUUUGUUUUUCUCUCUUCUCACACUUCUGGGCAGUGCUGUUGUUUAUUGGGUAUUGAUGACAAACUUUUCCUACCAUACUGUUUUAUACCUUCAUGAAUUGGUUACAGGAGCUUAUGGGGUACCAGGUAAUACAAAUUCAAGUGACUCUGAUUGUAGCCUAGCAUUCAUGGAUCUUUAUGACUCACUCAUUGACUCUGUUCUGGAUUACUCUUCAUAUGGACUUUUGGAGUCAUCUCGGAAUUUUAUUUAUCUGUGGACCCUUAACUUCACAUGUCUUAGGUUCAUCAGAUUCUUCACUUUAUUUUCCUUAUUCAUGAUUCACCUCUUCCAGUUUCUGUUCGACUUUGCAUCUGAAGUGAUAUGUACUUCAUUCACAGAAUCAACAGAUAAUUCCACAUUAUGCAGUUCUAACAGUAAUGAUGAUCUGUUCCACAAAAUCUGGGAUGUUGAUCUGACUGUUCCCUUCUUUCUUCUCGUCAUGAUCUUUCCUGUAAUUAACUUGAAGUCACCCACUUUCUUCACAAAGUUUAAUGCUCUUGGUACUUUAGCUGUGAUGUACUUGAUAGUUUUCACCAGUGUCAAAUCUGCUGAGUGGGGAAUGAAUUUUGAUGUAUACAAUUCAGCAAGUCCUAGUUUUGUACAAUUAUACAUGCCAUCAUUUCCUGCACUAUCUGGAGUGUUGUCCUUGGCAUUCUUCAUCCAUAAUUGUAUCUUGUCUCUUUGUCGGAACCAGAAGAAACCUGAAAACAAUGUUAGGGAUAUAACCAUAGCAUUUAUGCUGGUGUGUAUGACAUAUCUUUUCAUUGGUGUACUGCUGUACAUUACAUUUCCACUGAAGAAAGUUUGUAUUGCUGAUAAUAUUUUGAACAACUUUGGAAGUUCAGAUUUGAUGGCCUUUUUGACUAGAUUAUUUUUACUCUUCCAAGUAUUCACCUUGUUUCCACUAAUUUUAUAUCUACUUAGAAUUCAAGCUAUGCACUUCCUGUUUGGAUGCAUUUAUCCAGGAUUGAAGCAAAUAGUUAUUUUAAACAGUGUUCUCCUGGUCAUUUGUAUCUUGUUUGCUAUUUACUUUCCUCGUAUAGGAACCAUCAUUAGAUUUUCCGGCUCAUUUUCAGGCCUAGCUUAUGUCUUCGCCUUGCCUUGUAUCACAUACCUUAAGGCUCAGAAGGACGAAAGAAGCUUAACACUUACUUCUGUAGUUUUUCAUGUCUUUCUUGUCUUAUUAGGAUUUGCCAAUUUUGUGGCACAAUUUUUUGUUGAUGUGUGAAAAAAAUACUCACUUUUAGUCACUAAGUAUUGCAUGUUUCUUAAUCAAAGUAUACUUAAAUGAAAGCCCACAUUAUUACAAGAAUUAACUUUACACUAACAUGAUUCUUUUUUAUUGUAAACUUGCUGUUAAAUAAAAAUAAAAUCUACCUGAUUUUGUUUUUCUACUUUAGAAAAAAUAGACUUGUAAUCUUAAAAUGGUUCAAAGUUUCUCCAACUGCUUUCCUUUCAAACUAGUUUGGAACAUUAAUAGUUUGGUACAUUUAUUUUGUAAAAUUUUACCUUCCACACUAUAUGCUUCUCUACAUGUUUUAUUUAAUUUUAGCCCAUAUAUAAAUUUGUUCUGCACUUAAAAAAUUGUAUUAUUAAUAAUUUUUUUAUGCUUAGUAUAUAUUAAACUUUACCUUAAACCUCAAGACUAUCAAGCUGAUUAAAAUAUUACUUUUCAUCUUUACAAAUAUUUAUUACCUGUUUGACCAGAUAAUUUUUCCACAUCCAUUAAAGAAAGUUACAAUUUACUUUGAAGAAUCUCCAAAAGCUUCUUGUAAGAUACUGAGACCUUACACAUCAGUUCAGUUAGAUAAUUGUGUUCACCUUUUAUUAUGAUGCAUAUAAGAUUUUGAAUUUUACUUCCUUUUUGUUUUCAUGAUAUUGUGUCUUGUUGCAUUUGUUUUAAACCUGUAUUUUGACCCAAAUAUAGAUUGUAUAUCAUUUAAUAUUAGGUGUUCAUUUAUUCAGUUUUUCCUACUCUGUAUUCUAAUGCUUUAUUCAUAACUUUUUGAUAUAGUAAGAUCAAUGAUUAUAUUUGGGAGAGAUUAAGCAUUUUUAAAACAUUCCAGCUAUUAUUGUAACAGAUGGCUGUUAGUCACAAAGGUCAACUGUAUACAAGUUACAAAUACAUUUAUUGUAUGCCAGGAUAUUUUAUGUGCAGUUGUGGGUGAGGCUCAUGAGCCAUCAAAAAGAGGAAGUUUCCAUAAAUAAUAAAGAAUUCACUCGGAGAUUAGAUAACACAGAAACAAAUAUUUAAUGUAUCAUAGAAACAAAACAUACAAUUAGUCCAAUAUAUAUUUAACAGUUGUACCUCCAACUUUUAUUUCAAUGUUGAUAUCCUUCUAGCAGUUCUAGAAUUGACAUUAACUCUUCAAUAAUAUCUAAUAGUUUAUCAAUUACUUCAAGUCUGACUAAACCUUUGGACAUAAUAUUUGAAAUAAGUGUUACUAGACUAAAAUAGAGAAGUCAGUAUAAACUACACAGAGUUUGAGUGGUGAUGGCUUCCAACCUCUACUAACACGGACAUUUAGUGAAGGUUUUACUUCACCGGAACAAGUUUGGACUCUGAUUCUGAACCAGUCUGAUGCUGGUCACUGGUCUGGAAUAAACUCUGUGCAUUGACUUUUGUGCUUGUCAGACAGAAUGUUGAUUUCUAAAGCAAAACCAUAACUACAACAUGUAAUUCUAACCUUUACUUUACUGUUUUGUGCACAUUACCAAAGUUCAUAUUUUUCUUCAGUUUUCUUAUAAUUUGGCAUGUCCUUCUUUGUAUCUCUGGCAUGCCUAGAAUUUCAGGCUGCUCAACCCUCAACCUGCACAUGAUUUUUUAUCUUACACAUUUGCUCUUUAGAGCUCCAACUUCCUCUUAUGAUUUCAUUACUACUUCAACUCUGAUUAUGAUUUCAUUACUCCUUCAACUCUGAACUCCUUCUGGACAUGGUAUGCAAUAUUUCAUCUACUGUGCCUUAAACAUCAUCAACAUCCUGUCAACUUGCUGAUUUAAUGACAUCUGUCCCAUAUUGACAACAAUGAUUACUGGACUUUGUAUACAAUAUUACAGGCCUGGAAUGUUACUUGCAGUUAAACAUGUGUGCUUGCUGUUUGAAUUCUUUCAUGACCUUCUAUGGCAUUUAGUAAAUUAUAAUUUUUUAACUGGUUUUUCUUCAGAAAUUUAUAAUACCAAAACAUUUGCUGUUAUGCAACUGUUCCAUUGAUGUACUAAAGCUAACUUAAAUGUUCACUUACUUUAUUAAAUGUAAGGAAAUGUUUGUUUCUUUGGGUGCUGUAACCCUUGUGUGAAGUACACAACAGUUUUUAUAAUGAAGCAUUUAUUGUUAAUAUUUUUGCAUAGUGGAGUAGUAUAGCUAUAAACAGGAAAGAGUUUUUAUUCUUAGAUAUUUUUAAGGUAAAGAAAAUAGUUAUAUUAUAUUAGAAUUUUUUGAAUGGCCCAAGUGCUCUUUCCAGUUGUUUACUAAGGCAACUAGAAACUUAAUUAAAAAUGAAACUUUAUAAAAUUGAAAGCCUUAAUAUGUAUUUUUACCAUUAUAGAAAUGACUGUAUCAUUGUUAAAGAUUACAGUAAAAGGUUUUUUCAUUAAGAACAAUCUUUUAAAUAUCAGCAAGUGUUUAAUAAAUAUAACCACAUAUGAGUGUUUCAAAAUCCUUCAACAGAAUGUCAAGUUGGUGCUAAGAUUUUAAGGAGAAAGUAUGAGAUCGAUAAUUUAGAUGGUAAAUGUUUUUUUAAGAAUAAAAUUAACCAGAAAGCUUCUUAAUUAUAAAUUA